UUCAUGAUACAUAUUUAUUAUAAUUUCUGGGACUGAGAGUGAGACUGAGAGUGCGCAACGAGAACGACGAGAGAGAGAGAGAGAGUUCCAGAAUUUUUCUAUUUCGAAAACUACAGAUUCUUCAUUUAUUUCUUAACCGUCAAAGAUCAUCACUAACAUGGCCGGCGACACCAUGAAUGCAUCAUCCUCGUCUGCACCUGCUGCCGGCGAAGUUGCGUCGCCUCUAUGGACUCCGGUCGGCGAUAUCGAGGCAGCGAUCCGAAGCCUGCACGACUCCAGAAAUCGGCCGCGCCGUAUACCUUUAGCCGCACGAAGAGCAUUGAUUUCUCAGAUCAAGAAGUUUCUAGUGGAGCGCGCGCCAGAGUUGCAGGAAGCUGAAUGGGCCGACUUGCGACGUCCCAAACCCUACCACGAUAUCGUUCGUGGAAAUUGUGUGGCUACGUGCGACUGGUACUUGAACUACCUGUCCUCUGGUGCGUCGGAUGAUGAAAAUGUUGGCGAGGCUGAAGCUAAUACCUAUUCCAAGGGCGGUCAGGACAAGGACUUAAUAUUUGAUAGUUCGACUUUCGUUCGGUCCGAAACAACGAUGAAAAAAGCACCAAUUUUUUCAGCUGCUUCUACGGCAUCAUCCACUUCAUCGUCUUCAUCGAGUUGUGGCUCCAUGAUUCCAUCCGCUCCUGCACCUGGUAGCCGUGCGGAAGCUGCUUUCGUGCGAGAGGAAGCGAAAGGAGUGGCUCUCGUAAUCGGCACUUGGAAUUUCCCGUUGCCUCUGCACAUCAAGCCUCUGGUUACGGCCAUUGCAGCAGGUUGUCCUGUCGUCCUAAAAUUGAACGAGAUCUGUCACGAAACCUCUUGUGCGAUGCAGAAGGGCUUGAAAGAAUAUGUACCAUUUUAUUUUAUAGAUCAUGUAUCCUGGAGCAGGAGGUGAUUCUCGAUCUCGUUAAUGUUGUAGGAGUUUUGUUUAAGUUUAGGUUCGCCCACAUGAUAGAUUCAACUAGCACCAGCAUGAAUAUCAUGUUGUACGAGUGUGCGGCAGUCGUGCAUGUGCUGCAGCAUUUUGCUAUAACUUUGAUCUUAACUACAAUGACAACCACCAAGUACUUCGGAAGUUCCACUAAUCUCAGGUGGACGAAAACUUCGUUCGCACCGUCUUUGGCGCAGUAGAGCACACAACUGAACUCCUACGACACCGCUUUGGACACAUUUUCUACACUGGUAACACCUUUGUUGGUCGGAUCAUUUACAAGGCUGCUGCAGAACACCUGACGCCCGUGACGUUGGAACUUGGUGGGAAGAAUCCUGUCAUCAUUUUGCCUUCAGCAAACUUGCGCACUUGUGUGCGCAAGCUCGUGGACGCUAAGAUCCAGAAUGUGGGACAGUUCUGCGUCAGUCCGGACCACGUCUAUUUGCCGAGGAGCCUUCUUCCGGAGUUCCGACAGUUGAUACGUGAUACCUGUCUCGAGUUUUUAGGCGAGAAUCCGCAGGCUAGUCCCAGGUAUGCGCGUUUAGUCUCCCGACGACAUUUCGAAAGGGUUCACGAAAUGCUCAAAGACGCGAUGUCGUCUGUUAAGGCUCGUCCCACGCACUAAUCGUUCUUCUCCAUCUCUACGUGGCUGCGGAUUCGUUCCUCAAUCAUAACAGAGUAAGUAGUUUGUAGCACUGUGUGUGGAUUCCUCUAUGAUGUGAAUUCCUCAAGAAACUACAGGGGAAAACCUCCACAAGCUGCAUAUCGUACAGGGACGGACUAAGUACUUCUAGGGGCAACAACUCUUCAUCUAAGUCAUCUAGUGAGGUAGAGAACCUUGCUCCUUACGACUCGGUCAGCUCAGCCGACGCGACCGAUCGCUACAUUGCGCCCUCUUUCCUGCUAGGUGCAUCGGCUAGUUCCAAGCUGAGACGCGAGGAGGUCUUUGGGCCACUGGCAGCGGUCAACGUCUAUGACAAUCUGGAAGAGGACGUUCUAGAUGCGUCAUCUUCGACUGAAAUACGGGAUUGUGGCGAGCCACUCGCUCUAUACGUCUUCGGCGACACGGAAACCGACAAGGAGAACAUCGAAGCUGUACUUUAUGACUGGGACUGGGUGGAUGAAGUUGUAGAUGAGUUUGAAGACUAGUAGGUUCUAGGUGUAGAAGAAAAAGAGUUGUUCUUGUAGAUCAUUAACGACUCGUCUUUCCGUCCCUUCUACCUCUCGGUGAGAGGGAAUGUCAACAUAGGCCUGGCUGGCGGGCAUUCGUUGUGGGAGUUGACCUCGUGUCGGCUGCCAUUCUGUCUCUACGGUGGCCAAGAAUGGUCAUAUCAGGGACAUACGCAUGACAUUGUGGAUCAACGUUAUAUUUACUAGAUAGUCUACUUACUUGCUUUUCCUUGAUCAGCACUUGUUCCUUUCAUAGUACAAGCAGCAUCCGCUCAGGAGGCGUAGCAGUGAACGAUUGUAUUGUGCAUAUGCUUGGCGAAACGUUGCCAUUUGGUGGAGUUGGAACCAGUGGCUUCGGCAGUUAUCGUGGCGACUGGGGGUACCGAUCCUUUACCCACGAACGCGCUGUGAUGCAAUUUCAUAAAGACGACUUGCAUCCACGGUUGGCUCCCGCUUGAUAAUGCAGGCGGCGGUGCAGGAGGAGGACUUACUCGUCGUGACGCUUGAUGAUAUUGAUAUAGAUAUUCCACCUGCUCAAAUGACUUAGACUUUGUUCAGGAGUGGUCUGCUGUUGUCAAGGUGCAGUGCUGGAUUGAGGCCAUCGUCGUGUAUCAAAAAGGUGAUUGAUUCGCACGAUUUUUUCAAGAUAGAUUGAUUCAAUUAAAUUUGUUGAGAA